AUGGGUUCCGGAAGCUCCAAGCCGCAAGGCUCGCAAUAUGUCUUUGCUGCAACAUCAAAAACANNGUCCGACUCGACCCGCCAGCGCAACCUCGAACUUCAAAUCCAACAGCGCGUAACAGCCGAACUCGAGCGCAUUCGCGCAGAAGAAGCUCAGCGCCUCGCCCAAUACACCGAGCGCCUAACNCCCUCGUCCGAGGAAACCGACGACUCUUCCUCGCCCUCGCUCAAAGAAAAGAUCUCGUCCGCCCUCACACCCUCGUCAUCCCAACACAAGGACCGCAGCAACGACAGCGUGUCCAAAGAAGUCGCCGAGCUGCGCAGCAAACUCGAGCGCCGCAAGAAGCUCGAGCAGUCGCCUGAUGCUGCUGUUGAAAAGGCAAAGGAUGGGUUGGUACAGUGUUUGAGGUUGAACGACCGCAGACCUUUGGAUUGCUGGGAGCAGGUUGAGGCUUUCAAGGCAGAGGUUGCUAAGCUUGAGCAAAGGUUUGUGGACAGGGCUUUGCGAUGA